AUAACAGGGGGUACUAUGAGUACUCAACAGUUGUUGAUGGAGCUUGAGUGGUUGGUCCCUGGUCACAAUCAGUGGGACAUCACUCCAGUUGGACUUGAUGCUUUUCGGGUGGUUUUUCCUUCCAAGGCCGACUUAGUGAGGCAAAGGAGGCUUAAGCCAGUGGAUGUGGAAGGGACUUCCAUUACUAUGCACUUUGAGGAUUGGUCAUCUAGAAGGCUGGACAAGUACGGCAUUUUUGAUUUGUGGAUUAGAGUUCUCGGUUGCCCUGAUACACUUUGCAGAGACUAUCUUGGUUUGUUUGCUGUUGGGUCUCUUGUUGGUAAGACAAAAGAGAUUGAUAUGAAAUUUACUCGUGAACAUUAUAUUGCCCGUAUGAGAAUUGACUGUGUCAAUCCCCAGCUUAUUCCAAGAUAUCUUGACCAUUUUUAUGAUGGUGAAGGCUUUGGUAUUGAAAUCCAUAUCGAAGCUCUUGAUGGAUCCGUUGUUCCGGCUGGGUAUGCGGAUGAAGAGGAUGAUAAAGCUGAUGAAGACGCUACGAAGGAAACUGAUAAAUCGCAUGACAUGGAGGAUCACGAUAAGAAUAAAAAUUCUGAUGUUACUGUACAUAAGGACUUAGAUUUGGAGCAACAACAGAAAGAUUCUAGCAAAUCGGAGGACAUGGUGGAUGCGGCAGCGAACGUUCAGUUGUGUUCUGGGGGUGAUUAUUGUGACUCUUCUCUUUCUCCAUGUAUUGCAUCCCUCCCUCCUGGGUCUAUGUCUGCACCAUCUAGUUUGUUGUCUCUGAUGGUUGAGGAGGAUGAGGAGGAGCAACCUCGGUGUGAUAUUAAUACCCAAGGUUCCCUGCCAAAUGAUCAGAAUACUGAGGUGUCUCAUGUUGCUGACUCUUUUGAAUCUCAUCACGUGGAGCAAGUUCAUCAUCUCUCUGGUACUUUUGUGGUUCAUAGUGGGGCGGUUGGAGGUGCUGAUCCUUCGCCUUUUCAUACACCUAUUUCUCACCCGUCUGAUGAGUUGUCUGCUUCACCUGGCACUCCACAAGGGAAACCGGGUGUAUGCAUUGCUUCUCUGCAAUCGUCUCCUGCUUCUAUCAGAGAUGUUCCUAUUAGAGAUGGCUCUGAGUCCACAAGGGGUACUGGGGUGUUUCUUGGAGGCCGAUAUUCUAAACAGAAGGUGAUUGAUUAUGGCGGUAUUCCGGAGGCGAUAGUUCUUGGUGUGCGAACAAGUGAGCGCAUUAAGGCCCAGCCGAAUGCCGAUGCGACUCAGCUAGAGCGGGCUCAACAGAAUGCUCAGGCUCGGGAGGACAUCUUAUAUUCAGGUUCUCCCUAUGGUUAUUCACUGGAUCCGUACGUGGUCUUAUCUCCAGUCCGAGGAGCAGCGGGAUGUCAUGGAGUAUGGGUGCAACCGACUGGAGACGGUAGCACGGGAUUUCUUCAGCCGGUGUGGGUGGCGGCUUGAUCAUAGGAUCACUUUGUGAUGCCGCUUUGUCUUUUGCUUUACUUUUCUUGCGUUGGUUGAUUUUUAGACCAACUUGACAUGAGACUUGAGUUGUAAUAAGGUUAAAACUGGACUUGAAUAAGGUAAUAAAGCAGCCGUAUGCAUCUUUUUGAUGCAGAGGCUGGGGCAAAUCCCCCAUU